GAUGGGGAUGGGUCCUGCCUCUCUGACGAAGACAUUACAGAACUCAUUAUCUGCUUGCGAAACAACAUUCGCUCCCCAGACAAGAAACAGCUGACCAUGAGUCUCCUGAACCUGCGGAAAAGGCUGCUCUCUGAAAAAGUACCCCUGAACAGCCUGCAGGUGGUGCUCUUCAGCUUCCAGGAUGCAGUGAAGAAAGUCUUGAGACAGCAGCAGGUGAAGCCCCAUUGGAUGUUUGCUUUGGAUAAUCUGCUGAGGCAAGCUGUACAGGAUGCCAUAACAGUUCUUCUUCCAGAGCUCAAGCUUCAGUUGCAGUCUUCCUUUGAGGUCGAAGACUGCAGUCCCGAGGAGCAGCCAGCAGAUUUGGAUACGCCUGUAAAUGUCCCAGAACCACAGGGACGUUUACAGUUUGACAACCAGCCCACAGCAACAUUUAAUCAGAUCCCAAGCCCUCCUUCAGACCCAAACUGUCCCCUCAGCGAAUCCUUGAGAGAGCUGCGAUUAGAGACAAGCAGACUGCUGAGGCAGCUGAGUGAGAAGGAGAGGGAGUACCAGGACUUACUGAGAAAGUCCCUCCAGAGGAAACAGCAGCAGAUAGAUGCACUCAAGAACUCAAGAAACACCAGCACUGAUGAAAUUUCCUGUCCUCAAAACAGCUCUACUCCUGAGGCUAGGGCUAUGGCACGCUGGCUCAAGUCUGUCCCUGUAGAUAAAGACACCAUUGACAAGCUCCUGUCCCAUGAGUUCACCUUGGAUAUUCUGUUUGCUGUGGCCUGCAGGGAUGAUCUGAUGUACUGUGGGAUAAGCACGAAAUAACAAGAAGAGGAAAGCAGAUGAUGACGAGCCUGCUCAAGCCCCCAGACUGACAUCAAAACAGAAAAGAGCAAUAGAACGGGCGAAGAAGGAUAAGAAAGUGGGUGUGCGCUAUUAUGAAACACACAAUGUGAAAAAACAAGAACAAAAACCGAAAGAAGCCAGCAUCUGCUACAGAAGGCCAUAAAGCCAAGAGAUCAAAGCACUAGACUGGAUAAUACACGACACAACAAAUAAAUCUUUAUUUAAUUCUGCUCUGGAAUUUUAACUGGUUGAGACAAGGGUCUACGUGAUGCCUUAAUUUCUCUGUUAUCAUUUACAGAGGCAAAGGCUGGGAGCUGUUAUUGACUUGUCUUUUACCCUGGCAAACCUUCUGUUGGUUUGAAAGUGUAUUCCAGUUUACAGUAUUUAAAUCUUACUGUAACACCACAAUGUGCAGUUGUUGCUAAAACUGUAUUUGAUUUCAUAUUUGAUAAUGAAUGGUAACAAAAAAAUAAAAGAUGAUUAUUUCGUA